AAACCAAAGAGUGCAGACACAGUUCAAGCCAAAUAUCUUGCGGGAAAUGCCAGGAGAGCCAUUCAGAAACUGUUUGCCGCAGUAUUUUGUACAGAAUUUGGACAACGAUGUGCAUGUCUGCAUGUCUUAAUGCUGAAUUAUAGCUUGAACGUUUUCAGGGCGGUGCCUGUAGAGAGGAACAUUUGAUGCCAAAAGCACGUUGCCGGGGAUUGGCGCAGGCCUGACAGGUUCCAAGACGUGAUGGUCUAGGGCCUCACACGGUGACAGCCGUGACAGCUUAAACACCAACCAUGGGUGUGGCAGGUUGGGCGUUGGCUUAGGUCCCCUCCGUCACCCACCAAAGGCUCAAACCUUUCACCCUGUGUGUACAAUGAGGGCCGCCAAGCUUUCCACUGUAGAGACCCGUGAUUGCUCUGUUCUUACCAUCCCUCAGACGUGAAGCGGCCACAAUUGAGACGCUGCGGCAGCAUUGAGAGAUAGUGAGAGAUGGAAGGAGCAGAGCCAGCUCACAAGAGGUCCUUGUUUUCCGAGUCUGACACGUUCUUUGCUGUUUGAGGCCCAUCCUGAAGAACCGAUUCGCGGCAUACAGUUUUGGCAUGUCAUCUCAACCAGCUCCCUGGCUUGCACCAUUGUGGUUGCAAGAUCUCUGACCAGUUAUAUAGUUGGAUCGCCUUCCACUCGAAUCGUGAUAUGACCUCCAGCUAUUCUCAUGGUAUGAGACAGAUGAACAAGUUUACGCCAACCUGGAUGGAGCCUCAAGUGAUCCGCAGUAUCUCGGAUGCUGCUUUAAGCAUGGCAGGUUCUGCGUUGUCCAGCAUCGGCGGGAGUUGCCACACCAAAGGGAAGCAUGCUCAAGUUGACCCAUAUUUUGAUAUCCCGAUACGAUGGCUGCCUCGUUACAUCACGGUAAGGAAGGAAAUCCGCGCAGUUCCUGGCGAAAACUCCGCUCUCCAGAGAGCUAAGGCCCAAGUCUUCGUUCUACCAUUUGGAGAGGAAGGACUGAAGCUCGGCGAGUGGGAUAUCUUUCCUCGGCUCUCCCAUUUCGCCAAAGGCGAGACAAGGAAGUGUAAGAAGAAGACAAGAUCUUUUGCCAUGCAGUCAGAAGUCCGUGUGUGCAAGCCAUCCAUUGCAAAGCGGGCCUUUCUGCUUCUGCGAUUGAAGAGUUCAACACGUAGCACGAGUAGCAAUGCAGCCAGUAUGAUGAGGCUCUUCAGAAUCGCAGCCGCUGAUGCUUCAUGCCUCGCUGAGUCGUGCGGGACAGCUUGCGAUCGUUCCUGUCAAUCUUCAGAAGGCAUGCAUCUACACGCAGCACCGCAUUGUGAUGUGAAACGGCACCAGCGGAAAAGGAGCGCUG